AUGAACAUUACAAACGUUACUGGAAGUGAUAUUCCUGAAUGGCUGACUGUGCAACAAGUUGUAUUUUCUGGAAUCAUCGUUUUAGUAGGAAUACCAGGAAACAUUUUGAUUAUUCUUACGUUCGCCUAUUCUCCUGGAAAAUCAAGCACCGACUACAUGGUAUUUUCAAUGGGUAUAUCUGACCUUCUCGGAUCUGCUGUUUGCGCACCGUUUAAUCUGCUAAGACACAUUCCUGUGGUAUGGGCUAGCCUAGGUUCCAAGUGGUUCUGUCGAACCUAUGAUUUCUUUGCAGUUUUAACGGGAAUAAUAUCAUCGUGGAUUCUUGGCUUGGUCGCAUUUGACAGGUACAUGAAAACUUGCCGACCAUUCUCCGAUGUUUUAACUACUCCGAGAACUAAAUUACUAUGUGUCG